UUCAGAAUGUUUUAUUGAACACUAAAUUCCCGAGUGUGGUGUGAGUACGCGUCGUUCAUUUGUCUGUUGAGGAUUGAAGAGCAUUAAGCAUGUUGAUUGUUCACUCGAUGAUCGUGAUAAUAGUCUUAUCUUUUACGGAUGGCGCGCGGAUUUUAGGAAUUUUUCCAAUGGCCGCGGUAAGUCACCAUACUUUAUACUCAAAGCUCAUGAAAGGAUUGGCCGAAGCUGGCCAUGAUGUCACAGUGGUCAGCCCUUAUCGCCUUAAAGAGCUGCCGAAAAAUGGCAAAUAUCGAGAUGUGGUUUUGGAAGGGUUUGCCGCAGAAUACGAGGACAAGCUGAAAUCGCUGAACUAUUUCGAACUGAGAGAAAAAUCACUGAUCGAUCGAUAUUUUCAUUUUACCGCAUUGAUGCUGCCAACAACCAAUCACACAUUGCAUAAUGCAAAUUUAAAAAAGCUGGUCGAAUCCAACGAAACAUUUGACGCUCUUAUACUAGAACAGAUGUUCAAUGAUAAUAUGAAAGUAUAUGGAUACAUCUUUAACUGCCCAGUAAUUCUGCUAAGCCCAUUCGGGCCGAACUCGUGGGUGAAUCCGACCGUUGGCAACCCCCAACCGCCCUCCUAUGUACCGCAGAUGAAUCAACAAGACUUUUCCAAUGACCUUUCAUUCUUCAAUAGGGCCAACAAUUUGUAUUGUUUCAUUGUGGAGUAUUUGAUAUUUAAAUAUUACAUUUUUCCCCAACAAGAGAGGAUGAUGCACGCGAUUUAUCCAGAUGCUCCCCCACUCGAUGAUUUAUAUUCAAACGUUUCGCUAGUUCUACUCAGUUCGCACACCAGCAUAUGGUCGCCCGUACCUUUGGUGCCAAAUAUGGUGGAAAUCGGAGGGUUCUUUAUUGAUCCCCCUAAAAAACUACCCCCCGAUUUGCAAGAGUUUAUGGACAAAGCCACUGAGGGGGUGAUAUACUUUAGCAUGGGUUCGAAUUUGAGAAGCAAAAAUAUUCCUUUGGAAAAGAAACAGGCCUUCCUCAACGUGUUCAAGAAACUAAAGCAAAAGGUGAUUUGGAAAUUUGAGGACGAAAAUCUCCCCAACAAACCACAGAAUGUUCUGAUUAGGAAAUGGUGCCCCCAGACAGAUAUUUUGGCUCACCCUAAUACGAAACUCUUCAUAACACAUGGCGGUUUGCUCAGCACAACUGAAGCCAUCCACUAUGGAAUACCAUUGCUGGCAAUUCCAGUUUUCGGCGAUCAGCCCACAAAUGCUGCCAAGGCCGUAAUGAAUGGAUACGCCCUUCAACUGGACUAUCACGAUCCCAACUUCAAUGAAGAAACUUUGGACUAUAUGCUGAAGGAGCUUUUGAACAAUCCGGUGUACAUGAAGACGGCAAAAGAAAAGUCGACAAUUUACCAUGACCGACCAAUGAAACCCAUGGAAGCAGCGGUUUUUUGGGUUGAAUAUGUUAUUAAACAUCGGGGGGCGCCGCAUUUAAGGGUGGCUGGCCUUCGAAUGCCUUGGUAUCAGUACUUUAUGGUGGAUGUGUUAGGAUGUGCAGUGCUCGCUUUGGUUCUGAUUGCGUAUGUUUUCAAUGUUGCGAUACGAAGGGUUUUUCGGCAGAAAUCUGGAAAAGUCACUAGCUUAAAGAAGAUAAAUUAAUUUCUUAGUGAUAUUUUAAAUUGUUGAUGCGUGUUGAUAAAAGUGUACACAAGA